AUGCCGUAUAACAUUGCUAUGGUCAGUGACUUCUUUUUCCCUCAAUCGGGGGGGAUUGAAAGUCACAUUUACCAGUUGUCAUCCAAACUCAUCGACCGCGGACACAAAGUCAUCAUAAUCACGCAUGCGUACAAAGGUCGAACAGGAGUCCGCUACCUCACCAAUGGCUUGAAAAUCUACCACGUCCCUUUCUUCGUUAUCUACCGGGAAACCACCUUCCCUACCGUCUUUUCUUUCUUUCCCAUAUUCCGCAACAUUGUCAUUCGGGAGCAGAUUGAGAUUGUCCACGGUCAUGCCAGUCUCAGUAGCUUCUGUGGAGAAGCCAUCCUCCACGCACGAACAAUGGGACUGCGGACCGUCUUUACCGACCAUUCUCUUUUUGGAUUCGCCGAUGCCGCCUCCAUUUUGACCAACAAGCUCCUCAAGUUUACAUUGAGUGACGUGGACCAUGCGAUCUGUGUCAGCCAUACUUGUAAGGAAAAUACUGUCCUUCGAGCGUCAUUGGACCCCUUAAUGGUGUCAGUCAUUCCGAACGCCGUUGUGGCAGAGAAUUUCCGUCCGCUCUCAUACAGCUCUCGUGCGAUAGAUCAGAUUCCGACUUCUCCUGCCGACCAACAAGGACCUCCUACAUCCAUUGGUCCCGAUGAUACGAUUACGAUUGUCGUUAUUUCCCGCCUCUUCUACAACAAAGGCACUGAUCUCCUGAUCGCAGCCAUUCCCCGGAUUUUGGCUCUGAAUCCAAAAACACGCUUCAUUAUUGCUGGCUCUGGACCAAAGGCUAUUGACCUGGAACAAAUGUUGGAACGAAAUGUGCUUCAAGAUAAGGUUGAGAUGCUUGGCUCAGUUCGACACGAAGAGGUGCGAGAUGUCAUGGUACGAGGCCAUAUCUACCUGCAUCCGAGUUUGACAGAAGCAUUCGGUACGGUCAUUGUUGAGGCUGCCAGUUGUGGUUUGUACGUCGUUUGUACUCGAGUUGGUGGUAUCCCCGAGGUGUUGCCACAGCAUAUGACAACUUUUGCGAAGCCAGAAGAAGACGAUCUUGUUGUCGCAACCAGCAAGGCAAUUGCCGCCUUGCGCUCGAAUAAAGUCCGGACGGACCGCUUCCACGACCAAGUGAAGAUGAUGUAUUCCUGGCGGGAUGUAGCCGAACGCACAGAAAGGGUCUACCAAGGCAUUACGGGUGAUAUCAGCCCUGAGGAAUUCUAUGGCUACUAUCCUGGUCAAGGAUGGGAGGCUAGUGGAGAUCGCGUACGCAGUUUCGCCCUCAUAGACCGCCUAAAACGAUACUACGGCUGUGGUGUCUGGGCCGGCAAGCUUUUCUGCCUUUGCGUUGUCAUUGACUUCUUGAUCUAUGUGUUCCUCGAAAUGUGGUUUCCACGAGCAAACAUUGAUAUUGCUCGAAGCUGGCCGAAGAAACCGCCAGCAGAGAAACCUCGAACGUCGAAUGCUGCGCGCAGCAGUCGGUGA